AGGAUCAGAGCAGGAGAGGCUUUUAUUUUGUAGGCGCCACUGCUUCACCGGAAGUCUUAUUUUGUGUUGUUCUGCUUGAGCUUGACGCAUCUUUUCAUGGCAACAUUUAGAGGCUGGUCCACGCGUCACACACCAUCACUUGUGUUACUACAUGAAGACUACGCACUUGGGGGACAGAUGCGGAGACAUGAUGUGACAUUUGGCCGCGCGUAAUUUGCGCAUUUGGAUAGCGGUGCGCGCGGUGAAUGCGCCGCUGUUUGCGUGAUGAUUUGACUGUUUUCCGGACGCGCCGGAGCUGUUGGAGUGAGUCCAGGGAUGCUGCGGCUUGUCUGGCUGCCGGAGUGCCGCCGCGCAACGAGGGGCUGCGCCCUCCACAUUUGCUGAGGCGCGGGAGCGGGCGUGUGUGCGCGUUUGCCGACCUUCUGAUCUGCAUCACCCGCUAUGGAUCACUCCUGGGACAUUUAAGCAUCUCCUGCGGUGAUAACGGGGCUGUGGGAGCGCGCACUGUCCCUCCUCCCCAGGCUGCAACAUGGGGAACAGUUUCUCCAAUUUGGGUGCCUUCCAGUCCCUGCACAUAGUCAUGCUCGGCUUGGACUCUGCGGGUAAAACCACCGUGCUGUACCGGCUGAAAUUCAACGAGUUCGUCAACACGGUGCCCACCAUCGGCUUCAACACGGAGAGGAUCCGGCUGGGCGGCGCGGGGGCCUCCAGGGGCAUCAGCUGCCACUUCUGGGACGUCGGGGGCCAGGAGAAGCUGCGGCCCCUGUGGAAGCCCUACAGCCGCUGCACAGACGGCAUCGUGUACGUGGUGGACUCCGUGGACGCCGAGAGGCUGGAGGAGGCCCGGACCGAGCUGCACAAGAUCACCCGGUUCGCGGAGAACCAGGGGACCCCGCUGCUCGUCAUCGCCAACAAGCAGGACCUGCCCCGGGCGCUGGAUGUCGGGGAGAUAGAGAGGCAGCUGGCUCUGGCUGAGCUCAGCCCCUCCACCCCGUACCACGUCCAGCCGGCCUGCGCCAUCAUCGGAGAGGGGCUGGAUGAGGGCAUGGACAAGCUGUAUGAGAUGAUAGUGAAGAGGAGGAAGUCACUGAAGCAGAAGAAGAAGAGGCAGUGAUGGAAUUAUUAGGAGCAGAUAGAAGCAAACCAUGACGCAUAGAUAUGAUUAUUGAUCCCCACUGACACACUGCAAGCCUCAUAUAUGACGGGAAUAUAUUUAUAGUGAUGCUAUAAGCUAAACAAUGUCACUCUGAACUCAUUAUGGUCUGUAUGAUUGUAUGUGAAUGUUACAGAGGGACAUAAUGAAGCAGGACAGCUAUGACACAAAGUCACAAAAUGAUCAUAAGAAUCUCACAUUCCUGUGAACAUCUAUCGACAGUUUAAACCUUCUUUACAGGCAGAUUAAAGUCCCCGGCAGCGAGUCCCUGAUGUAGCAUUAUUAAUAGGACAGUGUCAUCAGGGACGUCUACAUUUAUAUGGAGUGUAUGGAUCCACUGGCAGAGCGCCUUGUUGCUGCCGCGUUGGUGCCGAGCACAGAUGUGAGACUGUUGUAAAUGUGGUUAGGGAUGCACUGAUGCUGUGAGGUGGUGUCACACCAAAGAUGAUUCCCUCUCUGUCUCUUCCAUCCCCCCCCCCCGCAUUGUGUCGUUACUUAUAACACACUGAAGGUGAUUGUUUGGGAUGAAAAUCACCAGAAAACAUGCUGGCAUUGUGCUUUUUUGCAAGCGAAUAUGUUGAAAGUUUGUCUUAUUACGUGUCAGCAGCGCUGUGUUAAAGUGUGGGACCAAAAAACCCUUGGUGAGAAAAGAUAAUGUCUGGCUCAAAAUAAUCAG